AGGCUUACUUUCCACCCGAUUCUCCUCUUUCUUUAUAACAUUACCGAAAUGCUCAUGAAGGAUCAAUCGGAGAUCUCAUUGCAGAUUCUCCUCACCCUCUGCAAUGGAUGUUGACCCAUUCAGAGUCUCAACUGACUCAUCGGCGUUGAUGAACUCAGUAGCAGCACCAUCAGAACCAUGAAACACUUAGGCUACAGUGGAGGACGACCCAUUCAGAGCCUCAUCGGACUCAUUGGAGCCGUUGACCUCAGUAGCGGCACCAUCAGAGCCGAGAAUCACUUGGGCUGGCAACGCCGUACAUGUCGGAUCACUUUGAGUCUGAGGAGGCUUGGGAUCCACUGCAUCUGAACUCGAAAUCACUGCGGUGACCAUCGCGGUGCUCAUCGAGGCACACGGCACAAACAUCGACUUCUCUGGGUGAGAGACUAAGGGAAUGUAGUGUUUGGUCUCGCGAGGUGUAAAGGAUGAGGAGACACCUUGAUCAGUUUUGGGCCGCCACACAAAGAUGGGCUUAUGAUUAUAGUGAUCGGCUUCUGAUGGGUUAUAAAGAAUGGCCUUGGUGUGGAUUUAAUAACGACAGCCUUGGUUUUUAAAUUAUUUAUUUGGGCUUACUUUAGAAAGGCCCACAUUCCAACCUUAAAGAUAUAUCCAAAGUGAGACUAGCUUCAGCCUUCAGUGCCGUUAGAAGCAACGCCUUUUAUCACAGACGAAAUAUCUGCCGCGGUCCUAUUUCUUUCUUUUUUAAUACCUUUAUUUGCACAAGCUUCAUACAACUUCAACUAGAAACAAAGGUUUUGGGUUAGAUGGCAUCACAUGAGGAAGAUUGCUCUCCCAAUACUCUUGCAUUUAUGGAACUUGCGAUACAGCAGAUGCCAUUCAUUGCUUCUGCUUAGCUGAGGGUUGACUAUAUUAGCUGGAAGCAACGCAGAGCUUCAUGCAAAGCUUGCUAUGGACAGCCUUGAAGUGCCUGUUGGCUGUGUGAUUGUUGAGGAUGGGAAAGUUAUUGCCUCAGGAAGAAAUCGAACUACUGAGACACGAAAUGCCACAAGACAUGCGGAGAUGGAAGCUAUUGAUAUUCUUCUCGAGCACUGGCAGAAAAAUGGACUUUCAAAGUUAGAAGUCGCUGAAAAAUUUUCAAACUGCUACCUUUAUGUUACCUGUGAACCAUGCAUAAUGUGUGCAGCUGCUUUAUCAAUUCUUGGUAUAAAAGAAGUAUGUUAUGGCUGUGCAAAUGAUAAAUUUGGAGGUUGUGGAUCAAUAUUGUCCUUGCAUUUAGGUAGCUCUGAGCCACUUAAAAGUCAUGGUGUUCCUCAAGGAAAGGGAUUUAAAUGUACUGGAGGAAUAAUGGCAUCAGAAGCAGUCUCUCUUCUACGAACAUUCUAUGAACAAGGGAACCCUAAUGUUUGUUUUGUUUCAGCUCCAAAGCCUCACAGACCUCUGGCUCAACAGGCAACGCAUUGAAUAUGCACACAUAUAGUUUGGUUCUCACUUAUAUUUGGGUGUUGAGCCAAGUGCAAACCAAAAAUUCCCGGUAGAAAAUAUUUGAGUAGUUCACAUGAAAUUGUGAAUCUCUUAUUGGCUACAUUGCACAAGCUCAUCAGAGUAUGAUUUUUGAAGCUGAUUUUUGAAGCCCUGGCUGAUACAGUGCGAUUCAUUGGAGUCUAAAGUUACAUUUAAUUUUUUUGGCUGAAUAAAAAGGGGUAGGAAGGGGUAAUCAAAGUGUUUUCCCUAACUUGGCAUUGGAGUCUAAAGCUACUUUUUUUUUUUUUUGGCUGAAUGAUAGGAAGGGGCAACCAAAGUGUUUUCACUAACUUGGUGUGACCAUAGUAGCAUUCUAUCCAUUAGAUUUAGCAGAAUCCAAAGCUAAAUUCUUACGUAAGCUUGGCCCCCCCACCAAGUUUUCAUUGAGGCCAAAACUGAAAUGAUGGCAAGGGAAUUUCCUACAGGUUGUUGGGGGUGCUAAUGUGGCUUAGCACUUAUGAGAAAACAUAACAUGUAUUUUCCUCCAUAAAUAAAAGUUUAUUAUUUGAGGUA